AUGGCCCUGCACUCCUCGGCGCACAGGACAAUAGACUACACCGCUCGAGAGGAGAGGUUUAGGAGCGUGGACACACUACUCAAUCACUUUCUGGCCAUUAUCGAUCCGCAGACUGGGGAUAUCGAAGUCGUUCAGGCGAAAAAGAUGGUUGUUCGGGGGAUGGUUCGGGCAAAACAAGCACCAACUGAAGCGAUGGAGAUCUCGACUGCUAAACCAACUCACUCGGAGAUGAGGAUGGAGCUUGGCGAGACAUUCGGCACGAAGAAGGCGAAGAAGGCAAUCCAGGCCGUCGCGGAGAACGCCAUGCUGGCUGCGAAAUCGCGCGGCAAGCUAGGCGAGGACGACCGGGCGCUGGUGGUUACUAUCAGGGACUCCAGCCAACAUAUGGCGACGCGGGAGGAGCUUCAGGCUGCUGUCGACAUGGCGCGGCCUGUGCCCCGGGGCAACUUUGAUGCCGAUGAGAUCCAGGAUGUCUACGUUCCAGCGGAGAUCAUCGGCGCCGAAGUACUCAACGCGAUACCGGUCCUGGACUGGCAAGAAAAGGUCAGGAAACUAGAACCGGUGCAGGUCCCGGCUCGCUUCGUUGCGCACCGCAUUGUCCGCGUGGCUGGUAACGAGGAUGGCGUGCAGAGGCUGAAGCUGUUGCGAUAUCUCCUCUGGGUCAUCGUCUUCUGGUCUACGACUAGACCAGGGAGGGAGCGCGGCACCAAGAGCAUAGCGAGGAGAGACGACUUGCGGGAGGCGCUGGCGCCAGCGCCCGAGGUGGUGAUUGAGAACAUUCGCCGCAAAUUCUCGGACAACGGGGUGAUGCGCAAAGCGCACAUUGACCUGCUCAUGACGCAUUGCUGUGUGUUUGCGAGCAUCAUCGACAACUUCGAGGUCGAUACGUUGGAUCUGCGCGAAGAUCUCAAGCUGGAGCAGAAGGAUCUGAACCAGUACUUUAUGGAGAUUGGUGCGCGGGUGCGGCGGGCCAAGGCUGGCGAUAAGAUUAACCACAUCGCCAAGCUUGCUCUGCCGCUGCAGUUCCCCAAGAUGCGGCAGGCCGCAAAGCGGAGGUGA